AUGUUAUCACGAGUGGCCCGUCAGAAAAAUGCUCUCUUCCAUCUCCGGAAGGCUAAUGCCUACCGGGCGUUGGCUGGCUCCUCAAUGCUGCGUCUGCAUUCAAACUCGAGUCUGCCGAGCCCCAUUAUAACCUCACAGAGCAAUUCAGCUCAGAACCGGCGCCGGAGACCAUCUUUUCAGUCGCAGCGCAGCCUCGCCACGGCUACCGACCAGUCCGCUCUCGACCAGGGGUCGUACAUGCCUAUGGACGACACUCCCUAUUCCCUAUCUUCCGAACCAUCGACCAAAUUCGACAGAUCAGUCUUCGGAAUGGCCAACCCUUUCGAUUCCUCAUCUCUGGUCAUCCUUGACGAGACUCCCCAGUCUCAGCCAAAAGUCCACCGCAAAGUCAGAGGUAUCGGUGGUGACCAGGAGGAGAUGGUCGCGAACUUUGAUAUGUCGAUGAAGGUUGGCCGAUUCGAUCGAGCGGCAGCUUUGCUCAGUCGCUUGGGCUGUAACUUCCCUGUCGGCUCCUCUGAAUACCAAGCCCUGCACAACCGCUACCUGAAAGAGAUGGUUUCCCACAUGAUCAUUACUCGACAAGAAUACAUGGUUCUGCCGCUACAGAAGUGGUUUGAGGUGGAUAUGCCUGCGGGUGGUGUCGUUGCCAAUGCCGAAACUUUCGCAAUUAUGAUUCGCAUGGCACUGCGUAUGCUUCACGGGGCUAAGCGAGACAGGGCGGUGCGGCGGUAUUGGGAGUUGGCGAAGAAGGUUGACCUUCACGAGGAGCUUUUGGCGGUUGAAGUACUCACUGAUUUGGACCUUGGAGAGCUGUCAAAAAUAUGCUGGUCCGACCUACGCCAGCCCUCCCUUGAUCACCUGAACCUCGAUACCCUAUCACAAGAGCAGGCGCCUGGAAUUGAGAAUGAUGUCGCGGAAGUUCUCGCGGCAGAACAAAAAGGUCUUGGUCUCUCGUCACUGAGAGAGUCGCUUUCCUUAUUCUCAGAUAACUCUCAAAUCUCCGUCCCGGAAGAUUUUGAAGGCACCGAAGAAGAGAAGCAGGAGCUUUUGACCACGCUCAGACAACAAAGGCUUGAAGCCGAUACGAUCAAAUCGGCCACAGAACGCUGGCGCGCAGAGUUCGAAGAAAGGACAAAGGCCGGCCUGGACGUGAGUUCAGGCAAGAAGAGGGUCAAUUCGGCGAUGAGUCAAUGGAACAGCGAUCUUGUGGCCGGUAUCAAGUCGGAAAUCCAACUUGCUGCGCAGGCCGAGGGAGAGCCAGUUCGGACUCGUGAAGCAAAGGAACGGCUUGAAUACGGCGUUUACCUACGAUCCUUGGAUGCCGAGACAUUAUCAGCCAUUACCAUUCUGGCUGUGAUGUCUGUGUUCAGCCGCGGAGGAAUGGAGAAAGGAAUCAAGUUAUCUACACUCGCGGCUUUUAUUGGUCGCGAGGUUCAGGAUGAAAUGAUUGCUCAGGCCUACAUGAAGAAGAAUGCGAAUGCGGACUCCCGGCGCACGCAAAUGCUGAAGGACAUGCUCGCAGGCCGUAAGGGCAAAGAUGGCCGACCGCGAUGGAAGCACUUGGUUGAGUCAGUAACCCAAGAGGUCCCUGAAUUACAUUGGGGCCAGCGAGUCACAGUCAGGGUCGGAGCAGUUCUGAUGAAAUUGCUGUUCGAUGUCGGCAAAGUCUCUGUCCGAAACAAAGACGCCAAAUCUGGCCAAUCGACGACUGCCGUGCAACCGGCCUUCUUGCAUGCAUACGAAAUUGCACAUGGAAAGCGACUGGGUCUCAUCCACGUGCACCCGGAGAUCGUCAAAAUGGUGGCCAAGGAGCCUCCUGCGGAUCUUAUCGGUCGUCAUCUUCCCAUGGUAUGCAAGCCCAAGCCAUGGACGGGAGUCAAACAAGGCGGAUACAUGAUCUACCAAAGCAACAUCGUCCGAUCAACGCCUGGCGAGUCUUUGCAGCCAGCGUACAUCAAAGCUGCCUUGGAACAGAAUGGCCUAGAAGAAAUCCGAGAUGGCCUCAAUGUGCUUGGAAACACAGGUUGGGUCAUCAACCGAGACGUCUUCGAGGUCAUGCUUGAGGCUUGGAAUAAGGGUGAUGCUCUUGCAAGCCUGGCGCCUCUUGAACCAGACCUCCAAGCCCCACCAAAACCUGCGGCCGACGCAGGUUAUACAGCCGAGAAGAAAUGGCAGUUCCAAAUGCGUGAAAUCGAGAACCUCCGAUCCGGAUACCAUUCGGUACGAUGCUUCCAGAAUUUCCAGUUGGAAGUCGCGCGCGCUUUCCGCAACGAGACUUUCUAUCUUCCUCACAACCUGGAUUUCCGUGGGCGAGCUUACCCGCUGCCUCCUUAUCUCAACCAGAUGGGGGCUGACAACUCCCGAGGGUUGCUCUUGUUCAGUGAAGCCAAGCCGCUUGGUCUCAGUGGUCUGCGCUGGCUGAAGAUUCAAAUUGCCAACUUGGCUGGAUUCGACAAAGCAAGCAUGUCUGAACGUGAACAGUUUACCAUGGACAAUCUUGAAAACAUCCUCGACUCUGCCAACAAUGGCCUUCACGGCAACCGGUGGUGGCUGAAGGCGGAAGAUCCGUGGCAGUGUUUGGCGGCUUGUUGCGAACUCCGCAAUGCUCUGCGUUGUCCCGAUCCCGCCCAAUAUCUCUCUCGUCUGCCCAUCCACCAGGAUGGUUCUUGUAACGGUCUCCAGCACUACGCCGCCCUAGGUGGUGAUCUUGUUGGUGCCCAGCAAGUCAAUCUCGAGCCCUCCGAUCGGCCCUCCGACGUUUACACCGGUGUUUCCGAGUUUGUGAAAAAGGAAGUAGAACGCGAGGCGGCCGAGGGUGUCGAGAUCGCCAAAGUUCUUACUGGAAAAAUUACCCGAAAGAUUGUCAAACAGACCGUUAUGACCAACGUCUAUGGUGUGACUUUCAUGGGUGCAAUGCGACAAGUCAGGAAGCAGAUGAAUGAUCACUACCCCGAACUUGAUUCUGAAAUGAAAAAGGACGCCUCUUUGUACAUUGCGCGAAAGAUCUUUGACGCUCUGGGAUCCAUGUUCAACGGAGCUCACGACAUUCAAUACUGGCUCGGCGACUGUGCCAGCCGCAUCACGCAGAGCUUGACCCCAGAGCAAGUCGAAGUACUGGCGAACGAGGCGUUGCUGCCAAGGGAUGAAAGUCCUUCCGGUGAUAAAACCGUUGCCAAGCUUGUUGAUCCAACCAAAAAGUUCCGGUCUACCGUCAUCUGGACCACACCUCUGGGACUCCCAGUGGUCCAGCCUUAUCGCACCCGGAAGGCUCGACGUGUUUACACCAGUCUGCAGGACCUUAACAUUGUGGAUGUCAACUCUGAUGAUGUGGUCUCCCGACGGAAGCAGCUGCAGGCAUUCCCGCCAAACUUCAUUCACUCUCUCGAUGCUACUCACAUGAUUCUCUCUGCCAAUGCCUGCAACAAAGCUGGCCUCACUUUCUCCGCAGUCCACGAUUCUUUCUGGACCCAUGCCGGUGAUGUCGAUAACAUGAACAAAAUCCUUCGCGACGCAUUCGUGCACUUGCACUCCGAUGAUAUUAUCGGGCGACUGGCUUCGGAACUCAAGGUUCGUUAUGGCAAGCACCUCUUCAUGGCCAAAGUUAGCGGUUCCAGCAAGAUUGGACGUGCCAUCAAACAAAUGCGCAUCAAGAAAAACCUGAGAGCGAGAAACUCGAGACUCUUGGAGCUGAUUGACGAGAAUCGGCGACAAACGCUUCUGCGGUCUGAUGACCCAGCGGAACAGGCUGAAGGCCGUGCUAUGGAGACCACUGCCAGUCUCUUCGAGAAGAUGGGUGGCACGGACGAUGAUUUGAUUAUCGCCAACUCCUUGGGCGAAAACGCAGUUGGUCACGUCCCUGAAGAUCUCGCUGCUGCUGAACGGAGACCCGAUGCCGCCGGCAUUGACCCCAACGACCCAGCCGUCCAGAGCCUGUUCAAUGAGGUUGACUUGAUGGAUUCAAAGUCACCUUCCAAGGCUGAAGCUGAAGAUCUCGAUGAUCCAGAAGAGGCUACUACCGAGAAGAAGCCAACCAAGAAGGGCAGCACAGUACAACCCGUUUGGCUGUGGUUGCCAAUGACUUUUCGUGCCGUGCCUAAGAAGGGCGACUGGGACCUAACUCGGAUUCGCGACAGCGAAUAUUUCUUUUCGUGA